AUGAGUCUUAAGGAAAGUCUAUUCAAAUCGACGAAAGACAAGACAUUCAGCAAUGAGGAGUCACUGCCAGCCCUCCCGGUGCCGACACUCGACCAGACACUGGACUGCUAUCUGGAGUCCGUUCGGGCCAUCGCUGGCGGACAACAGUAUGAGACAACUCGCGAGAUCUGCCAUCGCUUCCAGACGGGCGUCGGACUCACUCUUCAGCGACUGUUUGAGAAGAGGACACAAAAUGCCAAGAAUUGGUUAACCCAUUGGUGGUUAGAUUACGCGUAUCUCAUGCAGAGAUCACCACUGAUUCCCUUCUCCAACAUCACUGGACUCACGUAUCCAAACGGCUUCGACUUCUGGCCCCCGAAGACUGGCACACGUCUGCAGAGGGCUGCCCUCACCGGACACUAUACUCUCGAGUUUUAUCAGCUCUUAAGAAAGGAACAAUUAAAAGUGACUAAAAUUAAGGGCAAUGUCUGGUCGAUGGAUCAGUUUAGGUAUUUGUUUAAUACAUGUCGGAUACCCGGCCCCGAAAAGGACACUCUUAUUAAUACGUUUAAAACCGAGAGUGAGGGACCGAUGGCUGCGACCACUUCCAUAGUUCUCUACAGAGGAUAUAUCUUUGCAUUUGAUUAUGUAGUGAACGACCAGUUUUUGACAGCUCCUGAGAUCGAGAAACAACUGCAAUAUAUAGAGAACUGGUGUCUAAAUCAAAGCCAUUGCGGUCCGGAGAACUGGUGUCUAAAUCAAAGUCAUUGCGGUCCGGGUGUGGGUGCGCUCACCACCACCGACAGAACCAAAUGGGCUCUAAAUCGCAAACAUUUACUAGAAAUAAGUCCCGAAAACGAAAAAUACUUACAACUCAUUGAAAAUGCAUUGACUGUCGCUGUGUUAGACGAUAAGGAGCCGAUCACUCACGAAGAAGUCUGUUACGAGGGAAUGUGCGGUAAUGGUGCGGACCGUUGGGCCGAUAAGUCGCUUACAAACAUAACCUUCAAAAACGGGAUGAGUGUCGCCAACGCAGACCACACACCGUUUGAUGCGCUGGCAUUGGCUAUAAUGUCUCAAUACCUCAAUCUAUCGGUCUAUGAAAGUAAAGGCGAAUACUUCGGUCCUAUACGUGUCCGCACACUCCCGACGCCCACUCUUUUGGACUUUAAAAUCGAUGACAAACUGAAGACUGAGAUCGAAGCCGCGAAACAAACCUUCAGACAGACGUGCGAUGGCAUAGAGUUUGUGCACAAUUUGUUCAAAGACUACGGCAGAAGCCUAUCGGCCAAACAUCGUCUCCAUCCCGAGGCCUACGUUCAGAUCGCUGUGCAGUUGACUUAUAUGCGAAUGCAUGGGAAGCCGGCGCCCGCCUAUUGUACGGCAACCACACGACGCUAUUACAAGGGCCGCACCGAAACCUGUCGUUCCUGUACUCCAGAAGCUGUGGAGUUCGCAAAAGCCGUUAUCGAUGGAAACAAAACUAAUAGCGAUUUGUUUGAGUUAUUAGUGAAAGCAACACAAAAAUUUCAACAAAGUCAAGGAUGUGAUCGGCAUUUCCUCGGUUUAUACAUAACAUCAUUAGAUAAUGGCGUAGAACUGCCAGAAUUUUUUACGGACCCAUCGUUUAUGGAGACGGGAGGUAACGGCACUUAUUUACUGUCGACCAGUUGUGCGGGCUAUUGGCGGUCGUGCGGAGGUGUGCCACCGAUGCGAGAGGACGGCUAUAGCAUAUUUUAUGGCAUCGAGAAUAACCAGUACUCCUUCAGUGUCUGUGCCUUCAAGUCGUGCCCCGAAACGAGCGCUCAAUUGUUUUACCAGAAUUUGAGGCAAUCGUUGCACGAAAUGCGAAAUAUAUUGGAUUCGCAAAAGUCUGACUCAAAAGCACUUCAACACAAUCUUUGAUAAGUUUUUGUUUGAAAUUUCUCGUAAAACAUUCGUUAGUUUUAGACAUUUCUUUUA